AUGGAAAUUUAAGUACAAGAGCUAAAUAAUCAGAAUCUAUUUAUUAAAGAUAGUGAAGUGGAACAGAGGAAUGAUUUAAUAAAAAAUAUUUUGCUAUAUAAAGUAGAUUUAACACUUUAAAAAGGAACAGAUUAUUAUGGCACAGUUGAAAUUCAUCUACAUUUAUAAGAUAAUCGCAAUACUGAUAAUCAUGUUUAAAUUGACUUUGCAGGAUAGAAAGUAGACUUCGUAAAAAUAAGAAAUAUAGACUAAAGUGACUCUUAGUUUAGGAAUAUCAAAUUUACCUUUGAAAGAAAUAGAGUGAUGAUUGAUUCAGAAGAAAUUAUGCAAGAUUUAAAGCAAAACAAUAAAAUUUCCAUUAUGAUAUAAUUCAAAAAUCAAUACAACAAUACUGUUCAAGAUAGAGGCCUUUUCUCUACUAUAACAGGCGAGAAUCAAUAUUUAUAUUCUUAAGGGGAAGUGGCAUCAAUGCAUUAUAUAUUUCCAUGUGUUGAACAGAUCAACUUUAGAGCACCAUUUUAGCUUUCUUUAGUUCAUCCUGCAGACUGGGUAGUUAUCAGCAACUCAUCUAUUGCAUACUAAUAAAAUAUUAAUAAUCUAACAGUACUAAGCAAAUUUGAAACUACUCAGCCAUUUCCUUGCUACUUAUAUGGAAUUUUUGCUGGAAAUUAUGUUGUAUACAAUCAAAAAUAUAAAGAAAAGGUUGAUUUAAACAUCUAUUGUAGAAAAGAAAAGGCUAAGGUUAUUGAAAAUCAAAUUGAUGAAUUAUUUCAGAUAACAAAGUUCGGAUUAAAUUUGAUGGAAGAAUACACUGAAAUAGAUUUUUAUAUGAAAAAACUAGAUUUAGUAUUCUGCGAUAAUUACAACUUUUAUGGUAUGGAGAAUCCUGGUUGUAUUUCUCUGGAAGAAAAAAGAUAUAUCUUUGAGGAAGAAAGGGAACCUCUAAAAAUCAUGAGAAGAGCUUAUAUCAUGUUCCAUGAAAUAGCUCAUAUGUGGUUUGGAGAUUUUGUAAGUUUGGAAUGGUGGAACAAUCUCUUUUUAAAAGAAGGUUUUGCAACAUUUUUUGGAUACAAAGCAGUCAGUAAGUACUUCAGCUAAUUAGAAUAUGGUAUCCAUAUUGAAUUGCAAAAAAUUAUGAUACUCAUUGAUGAAAAUAAAGCCAAUAUGAUUACUUUAAGCCAUGAAAAGCUCCCUUACUAUGAUUACAGCAUGUUUAAAGCACACAAUUGCAUAAGCUAUAAUAAAGGAGGAAUGUUCUUUUAAUUCUUAGAACAAAAAGUUUAUGGGGAGUAAUAGUUUAAGGAGCUUUUGAGGUAAUAUUUAAGAGAAAAUUCCUUUUCUAAAGUUGAUGAAAAAAGCUUUUUAAAAUAUUUCAAAGAUAUUUAUUCAUAAAAGUACCUAUUUAAAAACCAUCUUAGCUACUUUUGUGAAUCUCAAUUCACAGAUUUGAUGAACCUAGGAUUAGUAGAAGAUAAUUAUAAAAAUUUAGAUUUAUCAUUUAUUGUUCUAUCUAAAAUAAAUAAGAGUGUUAUAAAUUCAAAGUAUGACGAUCUCGCUAAAUAUUCAAGCAUUGAUAAUAUAAUUCUUCUGAAUACUUCUGAUAAUCAUUUAAUUUUUAAUAGAAUAAAGAUGGAAGAUUUAAAAUUUUUGGAUGAAAACAAUAUCAUUGAGAAAUUUAACCUAUUUUAGAGAAUAACUAUCUGGAACACAUUAUUAUUCGAAAAUAUUCAGUUUUAAAAACAAGAAUAUUUCAAUGAUUUCUUUUUGAGAAAUCUUUAGUAUGAAAACAAUAUGGUUGUUCUUCAUUAUAUUAUGAGGAUUUAUCCUUAAUUCUGUAAGUAGUUUACGGAAAAAUAAGAAGAUAAAAUUAUAAAUCUUUACUUAUAGGAAAACGAUAUCUAAAAAAAGAGAAUUAUUUUCAAGAAUUUAAUUAGAUACAUAAACUCAGAAAAGAACACUUUCAGCUUAAUUCAAAUCUAUGAAAACCAAGAAAGGAAAGUGAAACCAAAAUAUUUAAAUAAGUUAAAGUAAAAAAUUAAAAAGAUUUAUAAUGAUUCUAUUGAAAAAAUUACCAAAUUAGGUAAUAAAUAAUGA